CAGUCUGGGGCAGAGACGUGUUGUCAGUUGGGAGCCUCCAUGCCAUGGCGCCUUGAAGGAAGCUGCUUCAGGAAAAUAGACUGCGCCUAACCACUGCCCUGUGCCUUCCUAGUCCUGCCGCUCUGGCUGCCUGUGUCACCUCUAGAGCGUCCUGCUGGAGCUGGAACCUGGACAGCCCAGAGGAAAAGCAACAAUGAAAACCCGGAACUUACCAAAGGCACUAGCCUGGUAUUGGAGAACCUUGCCGAGGUUAUUUUUUCUCUUAUUUCUUUUCAUCAUAUUGUUUGCCAUUAUUUGGAGCCAGAACAAAGAAGAGUGUUUAAAAAUGGGAAAGCCUGGAUUAAUGACAUUUCAUGCCACAACUGGAAAGGAGGAGAUGGCUGGCUUGGAGGCUGCUGUUUGUGAGAUGCCACCAAAUCAAAAUUUUACUGUAAAAGGAUAUGUGAUAGACCCUUUGCCGAUUCCAUAUGAAUAUCUCUUAGGCUCUCAUCCUACUAGAAAAAGAUAUUUGUCAAUUGGGAUUUCCUCCAUUCACCGGAAGAAUAAAUACUAUCUAAUGAGAACAAUUGAGUCCAUUUUUAGUCAGUCUAGCCCAGAGGAGUUAAAAGAGAUAGUCUUAGUUGUCUAUCUAGCAAACAAUGAUUCUACUCUAAAUAAGCAAACAGUCAAGGAGAUUAAAGAUGGAUUUAGUUCACAUAUUGAUGAAGGAAACCUUCUUGUUAUAUGCAGCUCUCUAGCCAGUUAUCCUUCUUUACAAGGUCUGCAAAGGAACUUCUGGGAUAAAGAUCAAAGUGUCCAGCACAGAUCAAAACAGAACGUGGACUAUGCUUUUGUAGUUAAUUUUUGUGCCAGCCUCUCACAUUAUUAUCUGAUGUUGGAAGAUGACGUGGUUUGUGCCAACGGUUUCCUUUCCAUAAUACAACAAUUCAUACGUGAACGGAUGGAACCCUGGACCACAGUAGCCUUUUCCACAUUGGGCUAUGUAGGGAAACUCUAUCACAAUGAAGAUCUUCCCAAACUGGCACGAUUCCUGUUGCUGUUCUAUGACGUGAUGCCUUGUGACUGGCUCUUAGAACUUUUCCACCAAUCCAAAGCGCAGAAAGAAAUCAUUACCUUCAGACCUUCUCUUUUUCAGCACAUUGGCAGAAUCUCAUCUUUUCACACUAUGGAAACUAUAUUCAAAGAUCCAGAGUUCCAAGAAGAUUUUGGGGAUUUUGGAGACUUCCCUGCUGUCUCCUGUUACACAGACAUAUCAGUGUUUGAUGACUAUGUGCCUGAGGAAGUUUGUCCACCUGGCAAAGGUGUCUUUUGGGGAAGAAAUGUAACAUCCGGGAGCUCCUUUACCAUUGUUUUUGAAACACCUAUCAUUCUCCAGAAGCUUCAGAUUUAUACGGGAUCAGCUGAAUACAAACGGGACAUUCUGUAUUCUGGUUACGUUGAACUGGGCACAGUGAAAAUAAAGGAAAAUGUUAGUGCAACAUGCAGGCUUUUCAGAAGAGCGGGAGAUUUUCACAAUGGAAAAUUUGAAUUGGACAACUUUGGUCAAGUUAUGGGGGAGCAGAUUCACUGCCUUCGAAUACAGGUAACAGACACACAAAAGGAAUGGCUGAUAAUAAGGAAAAUAAAUAUUUGGGUUAAAAAGGGUUAAUGGGUUAAAACUCAGGUUCUGUUUUGCCACUUAUGUUUAAAAAUGGGAAGGAAAUCCAUAUUACAUAUCACCUUGUACUACUCACUAUGUAACAAAAGCAACUUUGUCAUUGUUUAAUGAAAAACAAAGCCAGACUUGGGAGGCAUUUCUAGUUGAAAUAAACAAAAUAAAACUCUUAUAGAAUACAUUAAUCUUUUUCUCCCACAAUGCAGUUGUGUCUAUGAAAGGUCAUUGGUAAUAGAACGUGUAUGCCCACGCUUUAAGUAGGAUUUAUCACCUAUGUGGUGGUCAUGAACACUUAGGCUAUGUUUACACUAGCACUUAUUGCGGUAUAUUUUAUGUCACUCAAGGGUAUGAAAAAGCCACCCACCUGAGCGACGUUAAUUACACCAACCUAAGACACUGCUAUGUUGGUAGGAGAGCUUCUCCAGCCAACAUAGCAGACACUGCUCGUGGGGCUGGAGUAGUUAAGCCGACAGAAGAGCUCUCUCCAUUUGGCUUAGAAUGGUUACAUUAGUGAGCUUACAGCACCACAGCUGCAUUGCUGCAGCUCCGCUCCUGUAAACUCUCCAGUGUAGCUGUAACCUCAGGGUUACAUUUAGGUGCAUAUCUGCCUAAAUCUAGGUUCUCUGCUCAGCUGUUGCCUAACCCUGUAGAUGUCUCCCAAAAACAGAAUGCACAAGGGCGCCAUGCAAUAAGAAGUUAGUAGGCAAACUUCUGCUUAAUUGUUUAAAUAUCAUCAGCAUUCACACAUUCACUCAUUCCACACAUCCUCAUAACAAUGAGGUCAUUGUGACACUGGGAAAGUAUCUUUAAGAGUCUAGGACAAGUGGAUAACCUUACCCUAAUAACCUUUGGCCUACAAGCCAGAAAGCUGCUUUCAACAGCUCUUAGAAAUGCUCAUUUUUUAUUAAACAUUUGGCCCACAAAGGUUACUCAGGCAUAAAUCCAAAUAUGGCCUAUGUUCCAUACACCACAUCUGCACAGGAAGUCACAGACCCUGCACCAAAGAGCUUGCAUUCUAUCCAUAUCUAUACCUUUUCUGUGUUGGGAGGAGGAAACGGGUAUGCUUAACAUAUAUGUGUAUAUGAAUUUGUGUACACAUAUAUGUAUAUGAAUUUCUCUCAAUGGAAAUGCAAAAGAACUGUGGUGACACUUUUCCACCCUCCUUUGUAUUUUGUGUUCUAUGCUUGUACAGUAGAGGGCACCAAAGCUUCAUUAGCUGGCCUUCACAAACUGACCUUUUUUUCUGAUGAUGCUGACAAUUUCAUGCAUGCUAUUUAAUUAUAUGUGCUCAAACUCUACCUAAAAUAC